AUGAAGGGUAAAAACAGUUUGAAUCAACAAAAGAACGAAAGCGAAACUUUGUGCGAUAUAAACAUGGACGUUAUAAGGAGUCAAUAUAAUUCUACGGGUCCAAUGGACAUGAGAUCAUUGUAUGGAUUUAAUAUACAUUUAUCUUUACUCUCCUCUUCAAAGUCAAUUUUUAUACAUAUUCUUGUUCAAUUUUGUAGUUGUAUCAGAGCAAAGAACCAACUACGAAACUUGCUAAUGAUUUUCCAAUUAUAUAUCGGCGAUACGAGGGAUCCUGCUAGAGAUGCAAAAUAUUUUUCGAAAUGGGAAAAGAACCUAAAAAAAUUAAAUGGAUUUAUAGACCAAAUUAAUCGUAACGGAUCUAAUUUUGAGCUACCUCAGGAGCUCAGAGGUUCAAAAUUGUCGACAUUAUCAGCUGAAUGUAUAAAUAAGGCUUACGUAUUAAUUAAUUCUAUGAAUGGCGCUAAUUCCCAUACGGGAAAUAAUCCGGAACAACUUGGUACAUUAGUACAGGAUUUAAUUCAUACACAUAUUGGUACUUCUUCAUUUGACACCACGAAUAUAAAUGCUAGUAAAUCACAUGAAAAUCUGACGCGUAUGCCACAUGAACAAGUGGUUAAAAAAUUGAUUAGUUCGGAGGUGGAAGAUUCGGAUUUGGUCGUUGAGAACCCUUUGUUAAUGAAGGACGUUAUUACUAAUUAUAAUAGGCCUUUAUUGGACGAAAAAAAGGUCGUUAUUACUUCUUCAUGUAAGCAAUCACAGAGCCCUGAAAAAAUACCUGCACAUUCAGAUGGUCAAAAAGGCGUUAGCAUUACUCAAUCUUCAAGUUCAAAGACAUCCAUUUAUCGUACCGAAGUUAUUCCUAGUAAACGUUCCUCUGACAGUAUAGCUCAGACUUCAUAUAAACGAGCAAAACCUUCAUGUCAGGAGAUAUCCCCUGGAAAGUUUGAAUCCCCUAAUCGUAAUAAAUGGAGAGAAGAAAAGCCCGGACACAUUGUGUUGUUAGAUAGCGAUGAAGAUAACGAUGAAGAUAACGAAAAUGAUACAGGAGACAAGUCCGAUCCAGUGGUAAUUAUUUUAAGCGAUGAUGAAACAACAUGUACUACCGAUCGACCAUCAACUUCAGGUGUCUCUGUUACUGCUCAAAAAUCAAACAAUCUAUCGAAUACCGGAAUACAACUAAAAGAAGAUAUACAACCUUGUUAUAUGAUCUCAGCACCAAAAAUGUCUAAGAAAUAUGACUCAUUCCGAAUUUUAGACGCUGGAAAAAAUGAGCUUUAUAUUAAAUUAGCCAAGGAGAAAGAAUUAGAGAAAGCAUCCGUAUUAAAAAUGAGAGAUGUUAAAAUACAAAAAGCAAUAGAUGAUGAUAAUAAUGGUCGCAUUUUGGAACAAAAAAUCGAUCCUCCUAAGGUUCUAGACCAGACAAUAGAAUUGCUUACUUAUUUAUCAAAGCACGAUAUAGUUUCAGAUAAAGAUACAGAACUUGUUAGUACGGUAACUAAUUCAAGUACAGCUGAAGUGUUGUCUCCUGAAAUAGGAAUAAUAAAUAAGUUUAAAAAAUUGAAGUCGUUCAACUUUAAAUGUGGUAGUGGUGAUGUUAAUGAAACAGCUUUGAAUUGCAGUAAUCCACAAUCUCCAAUCCUUGCUGUUGCAUACAUUGCUUCGCGAGAUCCGCGUUAUAAUCAACCGGGCAACUUGCAGUUCCUUGACAUCGCACGGGGAGAAGCAUAUAAUCUUUAUGGACAUGCCGCACCGGAUUUAAAAUCGAAAACUGAUCUAUGGACAUCAGUUACAGAUGUUAAAUUUUCGCCUGACGGGAAAUUUAUUUUCUCCGCAUCUACUGAUGCUACUAUCAAGAUUUGGCAAAUAGAUGAAACUAGGAAUUUUAAGAAACCCUAUGAUACGAAAGCGGUCAGUCAAAAGCCAAAAAACGGUUCCGUAUACCAACUUGCUUCUUGCGAAGACUCCGGUUUAGUUCAAGUCCAUACUAUAAGAAAAGAUCAGUAUAAGUUUAUUUUAUCUUCUCAAGGAUUCCAAGAAGAAAAGUGUUGCAGGGCUGGAAGUGAUGUUUUAUUCGGACCGGAGAAUUUACUCAUUGUUGGACACAAUGGUCUUUCAGGUGACAAACAAGGUGUUGUUAAGGUUUGGGACAUUAAUACGAGAAAAAAGGAAUCCUAUAUGAAAUGUUAUUUUUCAAGCGGCAUUAGUUGUUUAGAUAUGUCCCAUUAUGGAAAAUGGGUCGCUUGCGGAACUACUGGCGUUGAUAACGAAGAAGGUGAUGGGCGCAUGUGGAUCUGGAAUUUACAAUGCGGCUCAAAGGUAUACUGUACAACUCAAGAGAGAGAUGCAAAUGUGAUAUCAAUAUCACAUGAUGAUAAAUAUAUAGCUCUUGGUGGAAUAUCCAAUACUGUCUAUGUAUUUGAUCCAAGAAAAAUGAAUAUGUUACUAUAUGCAUUUAAGCAUGAGGAUCCAAAUGAUGGUCUUCUUCAUGAUGGAAUAAUGUCAUUACAUUGGAUUCCAGGUAGCAGCUUGCUUAUAAGCGGGGGUAAUGAUAAUUGUGUGAGAAUUUGGGAUGUAAAUAAAUGUGGAAAACAAAAUCCUUUAGUUUAUCAGUUUACAGAGCAUGAUAAUCUUAGUCUUAUGACUGUUGGAGUUUCUACUGGAAAAAUUUAUGUAUAUUCUUCAAAUGAAAGUUUUAUUCAAGCUG